CGAGUACGAAGUACUCAUAAGAGAACAACGUCAACGCCAGCGUGUUUGCGGGUGUCACUUCUCCAUUCAGCAGGAUUCAGGAUAAUAUCUCCUGCAGUGUCUUGCUCAAUUAGCCUGAACACAAUUUGAUUUCUAAGAGAACUAUAUACGACGGAAUCUUGUCCGCGGUCACUCGUACAUCCUUGAGUCAACAGAAAGUACAUGAGCCAUAUCUCUUCUUCCCCAAGGGCAGUAACUGGUCUCAAAUUCUUCCACAUUCCAUCCAGUCUAUAUCAUUUCCAGAAACCUGUCAGCGUCAUGCCAAUGACGCAAAAACUUCAUCCUGAGGCAAAGUCUGCAGCUGUACCUUCGCCCUGUCCAGCGGUGAUGGCUUCGCGCGAGAGUUCCGUUCCCACCCCUCCAGCCCAAGAAGUGGCUGUGGAAUUUCCAAGUGAAUUUCCAAGUGACUUUGCUGGACCAUCUCCUGCCCCGAGAGCCGGUCAAACUGUUUUUGAGCGGAUUCCAUCAGCCAAAGUCACCCAGUCUCGCCGAGUGCUGGUCACUACCUUGCUCAUUCUAGCGAACCUUGUACAAAUGACAGUCAAUUUUGCCGGUAUCGCUGGAGGUAGAACUUUAACUAAGUCAAUGGGCGUCAAGCCGGCCAACGCUUCCUGGGUUGGGGCAAGCUAUGGGUUGACACAGGGAACCUUUGUUCUGAUCAGCGGUCGGCUCGGAGACGUCUACGGAUACAGGGAGUUGGUCCUUGCUGGAGGAGCAUGGCUUGCCAUCACAACUCUGGCAAGUGCCUUUUGUGGGAAGGCAUUCUUUGCUUUUCUCGCCAUGAGAGCUCUCGGUGGCCUCGGAGGAGCCUUGAUCAUGCCAAAUGCUGUCGCUAUGAUUUCGAGCACUAAUCCUCCGGGCCGAGUACGGAAUCUCAGUCUGGGGCUUUUUGCAGCAUCAGCCCCGAUGGGUGGUUAUUUCGGAGCACUUUUUCUCGGCGCUUUCAUGGAGAACACAGACUGGAAGUGGUUUUUUGUGUUCACAUCCAGUCUCGGUAUCGUUGUCUCAUUCGCAAUUUGGCUUUUGAGUAUGAGGGAAACACCCGUUGAUCAGCACGGAAUAAUCGACUAUGUUGGUUCUGCUCUUGGUACAACCUCAUUGAUACUUUUCAAUUUUGUCUGGAAUCAAGCCCCGAGCGUUGGCUGGCAAACACCCUAUGAGAUCGCUCUCUUAAUAAUAUCCAUCGUGCUCUUCGGAGCAUUUCUCGUCUGGGAAAAACGGUAUACCUCCCACCCCAUCAUGCCACUUGAGAUUUUCAAGGCACCUUCCUUCCUUACCGUGCUCUUAGUGGUUCUGCUCAACUACAUGGCGGUCGGGACUUUGAUUUGGUACCAGGUCCUCUGGUUGCAAGAAGUAUGGAAGUGGUCUGCUCUGCAAUUUGCCGUUGGCUGGACGCCUUUUGUGAUCUGCGCCACGGCAGCCGCAUGUCUGGCGGCAUGGUUGGUUCCUCGAUUGGCAGCGCAAUGGAUCCUAGCCAUCGGUACUUGCACGAUCCUCAUAUCCAAUGCCCUGAUGGCGACUGUACCGGUCAGUCAAAGCUACUGGGCUCAGGUAUUCCCCUCCGUUGUCCUGUUUGCCUUUUGUCCGGAUUUUGUGUAUACUGCUGGACAGAUCAUUGCCAGUAACUCGGUGCGCCGCCAUCAACAGGGCAUUGCUGGAUCCAUCAUCGGCACUCUCAACCUGUAUGGCAACAGCCUGGGUUUGGGAUUUGCCUCUACUAUUGAGGUUCAAAGUGCUAAGCGAUCAGGAAGCCAGAUCGUUGGAUAUCGAUCAGCACUCUAUUUUGGCGUUGCAAUUAGCGUCAUUGCUCUCAUUCUGGACGUGGGAUUUGUCCGACUGGUCAAGGAUAAUCGCGAAGGUUGGGGUGAGGAAGAUCGCUUGCGCAUAGAGGAGAUCGAGCUAGCUCAAUAUGCAGAGGCGAGUGGUGCUAAUCCCCAUGCAGGAGCUGAGAGGCCGUAGAUAAGAUGUCAAAGGCCCUGAUGUUGAGUGAUCCCCAAUAUGGAGACAAUGGCGGUACGAUUCCACUCAAGCGGGAUAUUUACUGUGGAUAUUCGCGGUCACUUGUAUUCACAAGGGUGUAACCUCAAUUUGGUAUACGCGCCUGGUUUCUGGGGGUCAGGCAUCGGAGUAUUGAAGGGGAUCAGCGAAUUGAUCAAGACAGUGUCUUGUGGCUCGCCAUUAUGACUUACGGUGAAUUGCUGCCUGAUAAUAAUGAGGUUUCAAUAUGAUGGUCAAUUUGGAGCAAUAAUAGCAGAUAUUACAUUGCUCUCGCUACUUCAAGAUCAAUCAGAUUUACAAUGAUCGGGUCCCUC